UGUACCUGUACGUGCUGCGUAUAAGGCACCUGAGAGAUACGACUUCUGUAGCGCAGGUGAACAGGUGUCUUAUUUAUCUUGAAUUUCGGAUUGAUAUCAGAUUUCCAUCAGAAGACACCAUCAUGCCUUCACCUAGACACACCAACAGUAACAGCAAGCGGACUCAUAGAAUGUCACACCACACGUUCUCACACUACCCUGACGAACAAAUGCUCCACUUCUAUCGCUGGACGUCACCACCUGGUGUGAUCAAGAUCCUGAGCAUCAUUAUCGUCAUCAUGUGCGUGGCAGUGUUUGCCUGUGUGGCAUCCACACUGGCAUGGGACUAUGAAAUGGAUGGCAUGGGUAUGAUGGGCAUGGGCAUGGGCAUGGGAAGCAUGGGCGGUAUGGGCUACUACGGAGGAGGAGGCUAUGGCUCAAACAUGUAUGGAGGUGGUGGCAUCGGCGGUGGGUCAUAUGGCACGUAUGGUGGGAGCUACGGUGGGACCUACAUGGACCCUACGACAGGCAAGGGCUUCAUCAUUGCCAUCUCUGCCAUCACUUUCAUUGCAGCGCUUGUCAUCUUUAUCCUUGUGGUGUCAAGGCAGGGCUCAGCCAGGUCCCCAAGGUUCUACCUGGCAAUAAUCAUCAUCUGUGCGAUUCUGGCCUUGCUCAUGCUCAUUGCUAGCAUAGUGUACCUGGUAGCUGUCAACCCCAUGGCACAAGGGUCUGGCUCCAUGAUGUACAACAUGAUGUGGCAACUGUGUGGCCAGUACCAAAACCAACCACAAGCAUCAGGCCUACUUAUCAACCAGUACAUGUACCACUAUUGUGUAGUGGAACCUCAGGAGGCCAUUGCAAUUGUUUUGGGAUUCCUGGUGGGCAUAGGGCUCAUCAUUCUCAUGGUGUUUGCCAUUAAAACCCGUUCCCAGAUGAACCGGUAUGGGAGUCACCGCGUGCUCUGGGAGGAACCCUAUUCCAAUGAUGGCCUUUCUCAUGGUGUCGAAAAAUGGGUGACUGACGUAUCUGGGGGUCCUGAGACUUACCUGAAUGACCACAACGAUCACGUUGGCAACUCACGGAAUUAUCUGGACCAACCCCUGGACAUGAAGAAGCCUCUCUAUCUGCCUGGUGACUCCGACACGACCAGCACAACGAUUGUGUUGAAAGGCCGAGCGAGAGACUACGACACGGGAGCAGAAUCGGCAGAUGAUCUGGAUGAUUCUGACUAUGACGGCGAGUUCCCUCCGAUCUUGAACGAAAGCGAGCGGGUGGAUUAUAAGCGUGAGUUCGACCACAAUCUCAUGGAGUACAAGCGUCUGCAGGCUGAGCUCGACGACAUCAACCAGGGGCUGGCAGACGUGGACAGAGAACUUGACAGCCUUCAGGAAGGAAGCCCACAAUUCCUGGAUGCCAUGGAGGUAUACACACGCCUGAAGAGCUUGAAAAGGUCAUCAGAAUACCAGGUGAAGAAGAAGAGAUGCAAACAGCUGAAAGCCAAGCUGGCACUUCUUAAGAAGAGGGUGAAUGAUUACGACCGGAGACCAUGAGCCUUAUGUUGAUAUUGUUGCUUUUGAGCCAUUACAAACACUAAGCUUUUUUUCUCCUCUAGUUUUAUUGUACAUUUUGUAGUGUAACAUUUGCUCUGCUGUGUGUUUUUUAUUCUGGAGUUUCUCUGCUGUAUAAUAACCCGUGAUGGGAUAAAUGUGAAAACGAAGCAGGAUGCAGUAUCAGGAUGAAUUAUCAGAAUGUUUGUGCCAUCAGCAUGAAUAAAUUAUGGGCUCAGGCUCAGGCUGAGAGCUGCACUAUAGAAACUGUUUGUGGAAUCAGAACAAUAAAUGUAAAUCCUGGAAGCACUUUACAAAUUCUGACUUGAUUAAAAUGUAAUCAUCAGCUUGUAGGAUCAACAGAGUGUUCCAGACUCGAAUAUAUGAAAAGGAAAGACUUUAGACAUUUAAGACCCAGGUUUUUUUUUAAUAUUGUAUUUUAUUUGAAUUUAUUUUUGUAAAUGAUGUCUCUUUUUUCAUGAUAUUAUAUUAUAUAAUUUGUUAUAAUACUGCAUUAUUAUAGAAUAUUGAAAUUUUCUGUCUUCUAAUUUCAUACAUACGUUUUCUACAGCAUUUGUGGGCAACAGUAAUUUUACGUUUUUAUUUUUUUAACGCAAGUUUCUGAUUUCUUGUUUGUUGUGUGGAAUCAGUUCCGAAUUCCGCCUCAGUCUUUUGCAUGCACAUUCUGUAUUGAACAACUUAUUAAAUAAUGUAUUAUUUA